CACUUCAUAUAGGAACAAUUGGUUCCAGUGUAAAUUUGCUUGUUUCUGAAAACGAAUCUACUGGUGCAUAAUAUAAUGAUUCUGGUUCUGAACACGCUUUUUGCUAUGGAGUUCCUGAAGGGCUCCAUAGACAUGGCAGUCUUCACAAAACAUGUUUUGUCAUUGGGAGGAUCAAAUGCUUUCAUUGGGGUGCUUGGAACAUGCGUUGCAUUUAUAGGCUUCAUAUGGAAACCGAUUGCGGGGCAAAUGAGUGAUUCCAAGGGAGCUACACGAGUAUUACCAUGGUGUCUCUUUACAAAUGCGUUUGGAGCUAUGUUGAUAGGAUACGCGACAUCACUAAAUUUAAUUUGCCUAGGAAAAGUAUUAUGCGUAUUUGGAUCAUGCGUGCCAUCAUUACUAAACACCGUCCUCACAACACUGAAAAAGGAAGACCGAACUAAAGUUUUGAACAAAAUGAAUAUAUCAGCCGGUCUAGCAAUAAUGAGCGGUGGAUUGACCGGAGGAUAUAUUAGCGAUUUUGGAGUAAUUUAUGCUUAUUUAUUUACUUCGACAUUGUGCUACCUAUCUAUAAUAUUAACACGUCAACUCCCAGAAACUGGCCCGAGCAAAAAGGAAGAUGAGACGGCACAAAACAAAGGUUUCCAGGAACAUAUGAAGUCAACUUUGAAUAAUCUGAGGAAUAUAAUCACAUCAGACAGAUACUGGGAUGUGUUUGCUAUCAAAGGAUGUUUAGAAAUGAUUUAUUCACUGCUUCAAAAAAGUAUUGUCUACUUGUGGAUUGUUUUGCAUCAUCUGAGUGGCAAACAAAUGGGUUUGACAUUAGCUUUCUCAAGCUCAUUCGGUAUGAUAACGAAUCUCGCGAUGAUAAAAUUAAACAAAAUCAUUUAUCCCAGUGACGAUUCUUUCGUUAAACUGAAACAUGGAAGUUUACUGAUGACAUUAUCAUUCAUGGGUUUCUAUUUGACCACAAAUUUCAAGCUACAUAUCUUUUUUGGGAUUACGGCUAGUAUGUCAAGGGCCAUCAUGGAACCAGCCAUAAUGGGUCUGAUGCUGGAAAAGGUAGAAGGAAGCAACAAAGGUGUGGUGAUGAGCUCUUUCGAUAGUCUUCGGUCGCUCAUUGAAAUUUGUAGUCCUCUGUUGAUGGGUGUUCUCGUAGAAGUUCUAGGACCACAAGGAGUAUUCCUGUUUAGUGCUUUUUUGGCAAUUGUUGUACUCAGUAUCAGCAUCUUGAGAAAACAUUGAGGUGAUGACUGUCAAAAUUAUGGAGGCGCAAAAGAGACCCAAAUUUUUUUAUAUGUUUCCUGGCAGUUUCAAAUUUCGAUAAAUGUCGACUUUAAACUUGAAAUUUCGAGAUUGAGGUCAAAAUUUCGACUCCUACCUCAAAAUUUUGACUUCAAACUUGAAACUUCGAGAUUUAAGUCCAAAUUUCAAGUUGAGAAAUGAAAUUUUGAGUUCUGUUUAUUAGUACCUAGUAUCAAAAUUUCAGAAUGAAACAUUUUGUAUAGAAUGAAAUAUUUUCAAAUUGAAAUAGGAAGUAGAAUCAAAAAUGUUUUCUAAACUUUGAAUAAACAUGUAUAUCUGAUAUAUACAAAAACUACGACUUACUUACUGACUCACUAACUGACUUACUGACCGACUCGCUGACUGACUGACUGACUAACUCGCUGACUAACUCACCGAUUGUCUCACUGACUCACCUACCAACUGACUGACUCACUGACUCAGCGACUGACUCGGCAACUGACCCACUGACUGAAUAUUUUAGUUAUGGAUUUUCAUCAAGUAUCGGCCAAUUCCAUCAUAUAAACUGACUGACUCACCGACUGACUCACCGGCUGACUGACUCGGCAACUGACCCACUGACUGAAUACUUUAGUUAUGGAUUUUCAUCAAGUAUCGGCCAAUUCCAUCAUAUAAACUGACUGACUCACUGACUGACUCAUCGGCUGACUCACUGACUCACCGACUGACUGACCCACUGAACUGAAUAUGUGAGGUUAUUUGAAAAUACGAGUACUGCAAUAUUUGUAUUUUGGCUUGAGGUUUACGACUGAUGGACGCUUUUUAGGAUUGAAAAGUUUUUUCAAUUGUUCUAGGUUUUUGUGUUCCACGUAAUUCGAACAAUCAAAUGUUUAUUGACUAUAUUCUGCAUGAAUCACAAUUUACGUUGUUACCUUGAAGAAUUGUCAACGCUGUACCGUAAAUCAAAUAACAUUAUUUUGGAAAAGCUUCACAUCCGAAUGAAAUCACGUAGGUCAUGUUUGAUAAGCAUAAAAAAUUAAACACAUUUUGAACUUUUUUUAACCCACUUAGCAUUUAUAGCCGCACCAUUAACUGAAGCUAUAAUCAGAAUACAAAAUCACAAUAUAAAAAAUAAAAUAUAAAAUAGUGUUAGACGUCACUGAAAAAAUUGUGCAAAAAAUAUUAAUCACGUAUCAAAGGUUUACAAAGUAGGAUUUUUCGAAUGAUGGGUUCUGAUAACGCGAACAAAACACGUUAUCUAUCAACUUUUGACCUGAAGAAUUAAUAUUUAUAAGCAAAUCCAUUAUCAUUUCAUUAUGGAUUCAACAAAACGUUAGUCAAUUUAAAGUUGGCCAUACACAUAAAGAUAUAUCGAAUUGAAGAAUGAAUAUUUUCAGUUUUUUGGUAAACUAUUUUCGGCUUUAUUAUUCGCUGUCACUGUAUAAAAAAUAUGGACACUUCCAAAGAAAGAAAGUGAUCAACUUCACAGAUGAACUCUUCACAAAAAUAUGUACAUCCACAUGAGUUUUCGCCAGUUACAAAAUUAAAGAAAAAGUCCUACACUCAUACGAACAUUAGAUUAUUCGGAAAUCCCUUUUUUUCAAAGGAACUUGGAAUAUUUUCAAUUUUGGUUAGAAAAGUGGAUGUUGUCAUGAUUUCAUUUCGAUCUAAUAGAGCUUUGAGCAGAUACUUUAUUACCUGGAGAAUGUGGGUUAACAAUAAAUUUGUUGUUCGUAA